CUUUCCACGUAACGUCGAACCAGACCAAUUAAAUCUUUUAACCCGGAAAUUUCUCCACUUCGCAAAACAUCAGCUGUAUUAAAAUGCAGGCCCUCAACCUCUAGUGAACGAAAAUUCGCUGCUCGUGAGAAAUGGAUGAUCCUCAGGCCGGCGAAGCGCGAUCUGGUGGCGGACAAGAAGAAGUUCCAAAGUCAAGACCGCUUGAAAAUUCAACUCCGACAUUUCUUGUAGAUACAUUUUAUUUAGGCGUGGGGCUCCUGGAGCGUUAUGGCUGGCUCAUUUUGAUAGGGCUUGUGAUCCUGGUAUUCCUGUGGAGCAAAUUGAAACCGUACUGGAAAGAACUACAAAACAAGUGGGAAAGACAGCAAGAAAUUGCUAACUUUGACCCAAUAAAAGCAGCCAGGCAACAGGAGAGUAUGGAAAAUGCCAGAAGACGACUGCAAGAAAAACAGGAUGCCAAAGCUGCCAAAUUUAUGGAGGACCAAAAGCUGGCAAAUGAAACAAGGAGAAAAGAGAAGAUAGAAGACUGGGACAGACAUCAAGAAGGAAAAGGUUACCGCACAAAAAGAUAUAAAUCUCCGGAGGAUUCAGAGCAAUCCAGUCCUUCAUCAAAGCCAAAAAAACCUAAAAAGCCUCUCCGAAAAUCAGAUUACAGUCCUUUAUCUGGGGGUGGAAGUGGAUUCAGCUACAGACCACCAAGAAGAGGUGCAGGAGGCGGUGGAUGAGGUUAAAUCUACACACAGUCACUGAGUAACCAAUAUAGGCUUUGCUGUUUUAUAAAAUGAGGUUGUAAAGAAAUUCAUAUUGAUAAUGUGUGGCUCUGGAAAAUGUCCUUUCCCACUAGUACAGAGGAAUGGAGGUUCAAAAUUCUGGCCGAGGAAGAGGGCCUAUUUUUCUCCCUUUAACUCCCAAGAUCUGAUUGUUAAUUCUCCCCUGUAGCUGCUACACAUUUCAUUGUAAAUUAGUUAUGAGAACUUGGUGCUAGAUCAAGAUAGCAGCUUCUACCUGAUAAGUUUGAAUAUUCUCAUUACCUGUUUGCUGAAGAAUGUAUGGAUGUUGUGGGGAGAAGUUUUAUGUUAAUCACUUCUGGGAGGUAAAGGGUCAACUCUUGAACUCCCAUGAGUGCAUGACCAAGGCAGAAUUUCUCCUUACCAUAUCGAAACAAUAUCAAACAGAUAAGUGAUGAGAUUAAAGAGAAUAUCAAUUAGGGAAUUAUUAGUUGAUCCAAUACCAAAUUCUCCAAACUAACAUCAAAAGAAUUAUAUGACAGAUAGUAAGGAGAAUUACAAAUGAGAUCUUGGGAGUGAAAUGGUUGAAAUUUGGUAGAUAAAUUUAAAUUAAGGGGUAGGGAUUUUUUUUCUGGACCACAACACAACUCAUUUUUGUAGAAAAAUUAACUUGGAAGCCUGUUUGUUGCAGUGACAUGUUGUGUAGUUUAAAAAUUUUAACUCAGCUGAAGAAUCUCCUUUUCUGAACACAGAUCAGGGUGUAUGACAUUUGCCUUUAAAACACAAUUUUUUGUGGAAAGGUUAAUUGAUGCUUUUCUCAAUGGAGUUCAGAAAAAUGCACCAUAAGGUGGUAAUUAAAUUAAUAGCUGUACAGCUUUUAACGAAGGAUCAGAAAGAUUUGAAAGUUCAUAUCAUUUUGUAGUUUACUUAAUAGUAAGAAUAGUUGAAUUAACAUUACAAAUGCAGGCAUAUCUAGUUGAGACAUUUAUAUAAUUCAUACAUUGUAACUGGGUAUGAAGAUAUUUUAAUUAAUUUAUUAUAAUAUUAUAAGUAGCUUCUGUUGGCUGAGAAAGUUUCUUUUGAAGCUUGCCCAAAGUAUCGUGAAGAUAUUCAAGUUGUGUUAGUCAACAAAUUCCAACCAAAAGGAGAAACAGAGUUGUAUUUGGAUUUCCUGUCAAAUUCAUGAUAAAAGUGCAGUGUUACUCGACUUUGUCGAUAGAUUGGCAUUGCAUGAGAUCAUGUCAUGUGGCCAUAUUGCGAAAUGAAAUCCUGUUCUUAUUUCCUCAUAUCGAGGAAAGUAUUGCAAAGAGGGUUUCAACAGAGGUCUAAGAUGAUUAAAUAUUUGGACCUUACAGAAAGGUUCAUUUGUAGACCAUUUUCCAGACAAAAGGUGUACAAGAUUUCAACAUAAGUUUUUGGCAAUCUGUUUUGACUGUCAAUCAACAAGAUUACAUUGUGCUGCAAUUGCUGGCUGAAUUUGGUGGGAAACUCUGUCAAAUACAACUCCUCUGAUCCUUAGCUGUCCUUCCAUUUGAUACUUGUAGAAAGUGACUGCUGGAAAUUUUUCCCUGGUAGUAGCUUGGUGGUUUGGG